AUGAAGAAAGAUUCUCAAGACAUACAAAGCCUCCUAGAGUGGUUUUCUUUACAUGAUCCUUUUCCAGAAGUCAACAGAAUUGUAUCUAUUGCCAGUGGAAUUGUUGGUGAUGACAAAAUUAAUUGUCAUAAAGCUCGUGAAGUUGGAAUUGCUUGCAUGUCAAAAAUAACAGGAUUGACGUUUGAUAACAUUAAAUUGAAACGUGCUGAUAAAGUAGUCCCUCUUUUAGCUAUGAGUAGCACUGUCAAAGUUCACGAUAAGAAGAUUCCUGUUGACCCUGUAUUAUUAUUUCAACGUAUGAGUAUUACGACUGCUUUGGAAGAUGAAAUUGAAAAAUAUUUCGAAUAUGAAUUGGCUCCCUACCCAUUGUCAAUAUUUGAUGAAAUUGGAAUGCGUAAAACACAAAAGUCAGCCAUUUACGAUUGUUUUCAAACAGUAAUAUUAGAUAUUGACAAUAUAAAUUCUACGUUCAUCAUCGACGGGGGAUUUCUGUUACACCGAGUUGUCUGGGACCAUGAAGAAACAUUUCAUAAUAUUUUAGACAAAUAUGUUCAGUAUGUACGUAGACAUUUUGGCCAUAGAGUGACUGUAUUAUUUGAUGGUUACACCGAUUGUAAAAAAAAUAUCAAAGCCGCAGAACAACGACGUCGAGCUACAACAACAUCUUCAUCUUCUGAUGUUAUUUUUGAUGAAAUUAUGACAGUUCCCACAAGCAAACAAAAAUUUCUUGCAAAUACCCACAACAAGUCUCGGUUUAUUUUAAUGUUAAAAGAAAAAUUUACUACUGAAAAUAUUCUUGUAAAACAAGCUGAAAAUGAUGCUGAUGUUCUGAUCAUUGAAACAGCAAUAGAACAAUUCAACUCAACAAAUACAACUAUUGUUCAGGAAGAUGAGGAAAAAGAAGAUGAAGAAGAAAACGAAGACAAUAUACUAGAAGUUCCAUUGGAUUAUUAUGAAUCCGAUGAAUAA